AUGGCAGCCAUGCCCCUGAACUCCUGGCACCAGGAGGUGGUGACCUUUGAGGACGUGGCUGUCUACUUCACUGGGACAGAAUGGACUGGUCUUUCUCCUGGACAGAAGGCCCUGUACAGAAGUGUGAUGCUGGAGAAUUAUGGGAACUUGACAUCCCUGGGAUAUCAAGUUCCCAGACCUGCCCUGAUCUCGCUUCUGGAGGCAGGGAAUUUGCCAUGGGGCCUAGAGGCACAGGAUAACCUAUCUGCAGAGAGGACCAAAGACCUCUGUGAAGAUACUGAGACCAACAUUAACAGUGAGUCCACAUCAACACAGGGAAUUUCUGAAGAAAGAGAUGUCAUGUUGUCACAUGGUUUGCAGAAGAGUGUUCUUCAGGGAACCAACUUGCUAGAAACCAGUGAACUGGAGAAACACCAGGAAAUCUCCACAGUAAAAAAUAUUAAAGGAAAGGCUCCAAGAAUCCACUGUGCAAGGAAACCCUUCAUAUGUGAGGAGUGUGGGAAAUGCUUCAGUUAUUUUUCUUACUUUGUUAGACACCAGAGAAUUCACACCGGGGAGAAACCCUUUGAGUGUAAUGAGUGUGGAAAAGCCUUUAAUGGCAAUUCUUCAUUAAUCCGGCACCAGAGAAUCCACACUGGAGAGAAACCCUAUCAGUGUGAAGAAUGUGGAAGAGCCUUUAAUGAUAAUGCAAAUCUGAUCAGGCAUCAGAGAAUCCACAGUGGAGACAGACCCUAUCUCUGUGGAGAGUGUGGAAAUAGUUUUACUAGUAGUUCUGAGUUUGUUAUACAUCAGAGAAUCCACACUGGGGAGAAACCUUAUGAGUGUAAUGAGUGUGGAAAAGCUUUUGUUGGUAAUUCACCACUGCUUCGACAUCAAAAAAUCCACACUGGAGAGAAACCCUAUGAAUGUAAUGAAUGUGGCAAAAGCUUUGGAAGGACUUCUCAUCUUAGCCAACAUCAACGUAUUCACACAGGGGAAAAGCCUUAUUCUUGUAAAAUAUGUGGGCAGGCCUUCAAUUUUCAUACGAAACUAACUCGGCACCAGAGAGUCCACAGUAUAGAGAAACGCUUUGACUGUGUAGAUUGUGGAAAAGGCUUUAGUGCUCAGGAACAAUUAAAAAGGCAUCUAAGGAUCCAUAUUCAGGAGUCUUCCUCUUUAUGUGCUGAGUGUGGAAAAGUCUUCACUAGCAAAAGAAAUCUUCUUCAGCAUCAAAGAAUCCAUACUGGCCAGAAACCCUAUGAGUGUGUCAAGUAUGAAAAAACCUUUAGGACUUCUUCCAAGCUAGGUCAUCAUGAACAUGUCUACCCUGGAGAGAAACCUGUCCUGGACAUUUGUCAUUUUGGCCUCCCAGAAUUUUUCACCCCCUUUUACUGGUAA